UUACAUUAUCCUUAGGUACUUAAGACAUCUGUAGUAUAUUUAAAUUUACUCCGGACAGUUACGCAAUAAAACUUGUACAUUCUUUAUUACUGUUCCUGGCAAUGAGUUUGUUAUAGAUAUAUUUUUUCUCAAGAAAUAUUGUAUAGAAAUCGAUAAUAAAUUAACAUAUGUCAUAUUCAUUAUUUGUCAUUUAAUCAGUCUUAAAAUAUUAAGAAACAAAAUUAAUUUAUUAUUAUAAUUCGAUUGAUACAAAAGAUGUAUUUACUUAAAAGUUCAAAUUUACUACAUAAAAAAAGUUUAGAAAAUUGCAACACUGUACAAUGUAUAAAACAAGAUAUAAAAUCAAUAUAUUUGCAUCAUGUAAUGCAUAAAUGCUAUUUAAAUCGUUAAUGAUACAUUACUCGAAAGAGAUAUCAAAGCUAUACUUCCGAUCCCUCCGCGCCUGUAUAUCAUUGAGCGAACCCUUAAGGAGUAAUGACCGAAAGGGGGAAAAAGUCAAUCAUACGGCUGUACCAUGGCAUACGUGAAACGCACAUGUACGCACGAUACUAGAAUCAUUAUUUUCUGCGCUUGCGUCGCGAGAAGCGGAACGUUGCGAAACGUCCGCGUGCUUCAGUCAUCAUUACACUUUGCAAGAGACAGCAUGCGCGAUCGAUCCCAACUUCCAGACAGGAUACACAAUGCAUAUUACGACCAAGACAUACGUUAUGUUCUGCAACUGUGCCAGUGGAUUCUGAAACCGAUCGGCUUGUGGCAUCUGAUUUAUGAUCGCUCACAAUCAUCACGAAGCGAGAAGUUUCUUUCUUUUGUGCUGAUCCUCGUGUGUUUCUUUUGUCUGUGCUUCGUGAUUGUACCUGCCGGUCCGUACAUUCUAUUCCGUGAAAAAGACACGUAUACUAAGAUCAAACUUUUUGGACCGUUCGGCUUUUGUCUAACUUCCGCAAUCAAGUAUUGCUUCAUCGGAUCGCGUGUCUCGGCGAUCGGAAGAUGUGUCGAAUACGUCGAAUGUGAUUGGCAGGGUGUACGCCAUCGGGAUCACCGCAGAAUAAUGCUGAGCAACGCGAUGGUGGGUCGCAGAUUAAGUAUACUAUUUAUGAUCUUUCUUUCCACCGGCGGCUUAUCUUACUACACAGUUAUGCCAUUAAUCGCUAAGACAAACAGCAACCUUACGAUUAGACCGCUAGUUUAUCCGGGAUACGAUAUUUAUUACGAUUCUCAGGCAAGUCCCGCUUACGAGAUCACUUUUUCCAUGCAUUUUCUGGCUUGUCUGGUACAGGCAUUUGCUACGACAGCAGCGUGCAGUUUGGCCGCGAUUUUUGCGGCGCACGCGUGCGGACAGGUACAGAUAUUAAUGACACUUUUGAGUGAUCUAGUCGACGGAAAGAGGACUAAAAGCACUGUUGAAGAACGUCUAAGCUUCAUAACAAAACAUCACGUACGUGUCCUGAGAUUUACAAACGAUAUAGAAACAGUAUUGUGUGAAAUAUGCUUAAUGGAACUGGUGGCCACCACAUUGCUUAUAUGCUUGGUUCAAUACUAUUGCUUGGUGGAAUGGGCGAAUAGCGACACCAUGGCCAUCUUCACAUAUUUUAUUAUAUUGAUAUCUUUAACGUUCAAUAUUUUGAUAUUUUGUUAUAUCGGGGAACUUCUCAUGGAAAAGUUUGGCAAAAUUGGCUCAGCGGCAUAUAAAGUUAAUUGGUAUGAUUUACCCGGCCAUAAAGCUGUUGAUCUUGUUAUGAUGAUUACAAUGUCCCAUUAUCCGCCCAAACUUACGGCUGGCAAGUUCUGUGAUUUAUCCCUCAAUACUUUCAAAACUGUAAUGCAAACAUCUAUAGUGUAUUUAAAUUUACUUCGAACAGUUAUGGAAUAUAUUAGAAUUCGUCAUGAAGUUUCGAGUCCUUCGCGCUUGCACAUCAUUGAACGAGCCCUCGAACGAGUAAUGACCGGGAGAGAAAAGUCAAUCGUACCCAUGGUUGAGCUCCUUGCCGUACAUAAAACGCACAUGCACGCGAUACGAAUGGAAUCAUUAUUUCAUCGCGCUUGCGUCGCGAGAAACGGGACGUCGCGCAACGUCCGCGAGUUUCAGUCGUCGUUACACUUUACGGGCGACAGCAUGCGCGAUCGAUCCCGACUUACAGAAAGGAUGCUCGAGGUGUACAAUGUACACCAUAAGCAAGACGUACAAUAUACCAUGCAGCUGUGCCGUUGGGUCCUGAAACCGAUCGGUAUGUGGUAUCCGAUCUACGGUCAUCCGUCGCAAAACGAGAGGCUCAUCUCGAUGACAUUGAUCGUCACAUGCUUCUCCGCUCUGCUCUUCGUCCUGAUACCUUCUGGGAUAUACACUCUAUUUCGUGAGAAAGACAUCAACAUCAAAGUUAAGCUCUUCGGUCCAGUUGGCUUCUGCCUGACUAAUACGAUUAAGUAUUGUUACUUCGGUGCGCGGGCUACCGCAUUAGGAAAAUGUAUUCGACACGUCGAGGACGAUUGGCGGAUCGUGCGACAUCAAGAUCAUCGUGAGAUAAUGCUGAAGAACGCGCUAAUAGGUCGCAGGAUUACCACGCUAUGCGCGAUUUUCCUUUACACCGGCGGAUUGUCCUACCACACGAUCAUGCCGUUAUCUUCUAUACAGAAGAUCAGCGAGAACUAUACGAUCAGAAUACACACUUAUCCCGGUUACGAUCUGUUUUUCAAUCCUACAGCCAGUCCCACGUACGAGAUCGUGUUCUGCAUCCACUGCCUGUUCGCACUGAUUACGUAUAACAUCACGACGGCAGCGUGCAGUUUGGCGGCGAUCUUUGUGACACACGCGUGUGGACAAAUACAAAUACUAAUGACGUUAUUAAACGAUUUGAUCGAAGGAAAAUGGAGCAACGGUAUCACCGUACAAAAACGUCUGAGUGCACUAACGAAGCAUCAUGUGCGAGUAAUAAGAUUUUCAGCCAGUAUGGAUGAAGUGUUACGCGAAAUAUGCUUAUUGGAAAUAGUGACUUCCACCUUGACCAUAUGCUUACUCGAAUAUUAUUGUCUAACGGAAUGGGAGAACAGUGAUGCUGUGGCGAUCCUAACGUACUUUAUUCUAUUGAUUUCAUUCACAUUCAAUAUUCUGAUAUUUUGUUAUAUAGGAGAACUCCUCGUGGAACAGUAUAGUAAAAUUGGCUCUGCUGUCUAUAAAAUCAAUUGGUAUAAUUUAUCCGGAAAUAAAGCUCUAGAUCUCGUGCUAAUCAUCGCGAUGUCUCAUUAUCCACCUAAACUUACAGCUGGCAAAAUUUUCGAUUUAUGCAUUAAUACAUUUGGUGCCGUGAGUUUUUCGUACAAAUAUUAUUGUAGUCAAGACAUUAUUAAACUUGAUUAUUAGAUGGUCUUUAUACAUUUUCUUUUUUUAAUUUUUCUUUAACCUUUUUGUAAUUCUUAUUACUUUCAGGUACUUAAAACAUCAGUAGUAUAUUUAAAUUUACUUCGACAGGUUACAGAAUAGAAUUUACAUUCCAUGUAUCAUAAUCUUUAUUACUUAAAAUUUGCCAGACAGAUAUAUUUUUAUUAUAAUGGAUAUUGUACAAAAGUAUUAAUAAAAUAACGUAUGUUAUCGAUUAAAA